AUGGUGUCUUUUCUGAACCGGGCUCUUGGCCUUGGAUCUCUGUUGUUAUCGUAUCGUGUAGCCUGUUGCUUUGAAGCAGACAUCUCGCUCUCGUCAGUGGUCGAUGCGACACUGAGUGCCGGCCGAAGGGAUGUGGAGGAAUCUCACGAGAACAGUUUCCAGUGCAUGCUUUCUUCUACCAACUUGGCAAGCGACUCUUUCUUUGGUGGCGACGUGGAGGAAUGUCUGAGCUUGGCAGAAGAAAACCAAACUAGCAGUCCGGGAAUGUUGAUGAUUUGGGCAGUAGAUGCAGACGAGAUGAUGGUGUUCCGGGACAUGGACAGUUACCAGCAAGAAGUGACGGUAGCCCUUCGAAACCGCGGCUUUUCGGUUGAAACAACAAAGUCCUUUCCAAAGGGUCGGCAUACGGUAGCUUGGAUGAUGAGAGAAGGAUACAUUAUCGCACGCUCCCCAAGCAACAGCAACAGCAACAACAACAACAACGGCGUUUUUGUUGUCGCCCACCUUUGGGACAACAUGGGACAACUACAGGCCGUCAAAAAAGCAUUGGGUUUGGGAAGUCAAAUGACGCCUUGCUAUCAGCAUGUAGCUGGAGGGGUUUUUGGCUUCAUGGCUCGGAAUCGUAUUUGUUCAAACCAAGAAGACAUAAUGGAGGGUCCAUCAAUUUUGGACAGCGACUGUUUUCACGGCGCUGAUAAUGAUGUUGAUGAUCGCAUUUCUUCCCAGUGCAAUCAUGAUUCGAAGCUACAAUCCACGUCCCAAACUGGUGGGUACCAUGCCAUUAUUCAUCAAUUGGAGGUGACCAAUUCACGUCGUCAAGAAGGCAUGGGAACAUCCACAGACCAUUCCUCCCCUUCUGACUUUGUGCUCACCCGAUCCGAGCUCCGGAAAUCGUUUGAGCGGGCAGUGGCAAUGCUCGACAACGAAAAGUCGGCCAAAGUGAUGGGGUCUGCCGUGGGGGAUGGAUUCCUGCAGGUGGCGUUGACUGUACGGGGCGCUUUGGCCAUUUGGUGGGACGGGCGACAACAAGUUGACAUCAACUUUUUCCCGUCUGGAAGAAACAAUAAUGGGAGCCACAGCGACAGCAGCUCAUCGCACACGACAACGGAAGAAUUGGGCAACAAGCUGGUAGACGAGUUCCGAAGGGACAUGGCCAACGUUAGGACGAUGUUACAAGACAACUGUUGUCCCAUCAGCGUGGAGUGA